AUGGACAGAUUCCAGGCAAUGUCACUCUUCCAGCCGUCGAAUCUACGACGAGCAAUCUCAGAGUCAAUGGACAAGGAGACAAAACGUAUCAACUACCAUCUACUCGGGACUGUUUUAGGUGUACCGCAUACCACUAUGGCUCGAACCCUGGCUUUGUUGGGCUUUGACUUUGUUAUAGUAGAUGCUCAGCAUGAGCCCUUGGAUGCGGAGCGAAUGAUGCAGCUUAUCCAGACUGUCAAUUUGUCCAGCCAAGGCAAGACUGUUGCGAUAGCACGGGUGCCAUCUGUGGACUCGCAUCUAGUCACACAUGCACUCGACGCAGGAGCGGCCGGGAUUAUCUUCCCCCAUGUCGACACCCCCGAUCAAGCCGCAGAGGCAGUCAGGAAGUCCCGCUAUGCGUGCUCAGGGGGAGACCGUUCCCUGGCCCCGUCUGCUCUAAUCCCUAGCAUAGCCCAGCUUGCGCCUCCGGGCACCUCCUAUCAGCAGGUCGCAGACAAUAACAUUGCCGUCAUCUGCCAGAUCGAGAGUCCUACUGGUAUUGAAAACGCCGAGGCGAUUGCCACGACGCCCGGUGUCGACUUGCUGAUGCUCGGGCCGGGCGAUCUUCGUCUUGCGAUGGGCUUGCCUUCCACUCCAGUCGGGGGCAAGGAGGAUCCCUGCUUUGUCAGGGCUGUCAACCAUCUCGUGCAGGUGUCCAGAGACUCUGGCACGCCUUGUAUGGCGAUUUCUUUCAAGGUCAACACGCCCCCGGAGUGGAUGGCGGGUUUUUCUGUCUUGUGCGACUGCGCGGACCUGCAUAGCGUCAUGGUGGACCAUAUGCGGAAGAUGCGAGAAACCGAAGGCCUGCUCAAGGAGGUUGGCAGUGGGCGAUUAUCCGAUGUGGUGCAGAAUGGAGUGUAA